AUGUCUAAGAAGAGCCAACAUACCCUUGCUGGUCCAUCAACCCAAGAUGAGAAGAAGAGGAAGGCCAUUUGGAAUGAAAAAUUGAUAGAAGAGUUUAUCGAUAUAUGUAUUGGUAAAGUUGAAGCUGGUAAUCGCCCAGGAACACAUUUCAAUAGGGUAGGGUGGGCCAAUAUAAUUAAAAAAUUCAAUGAGAAGAUUGGAAAUCAAUAUGACUACAAAAAAUUUAAAAAUAAGUGGGAUAACCUAAAAGCAAAUUGGAGCAUUUGGAUGAAAUUGGUGGGAAAGGAAACAGGACUUGGAUGGGAUCCUGUUAGAAAUACAAUAGAUGCACCAGAUGCAUGGUGGGAAAAAAAAUUGCGGGAGAUUCCUGAUGCAGCUAAGUUUCGAGAACGUGGUCUACAACAUGCCAUAAAAUUGGAUAGGUUAUUUAGAGGUACUAGUGCCACUGGGGAGGGGGCCUGGGCACCAGCUUUACGGGUGCAGGAGGAUGUUGAGGACACAAUUGGAGUAUAUGAGAGAUUGGAUGGGGUUAAUAAUGAUACGUUUGAGGGCUUAGGUGACUCAGAUCAGAACCAUCAUAUGAUUGCAUAUAAAAUUGAUGAUGUUCCCACUGAUAAUUUUAAUGUUAACCUUACUCUUGCAUCUGAUGCUAUCCAAGAGAGAGGAAAGAAAAGAGUUGGCUCUACUUUGCAUGAUAAGAAAUGCAAGAAGGUUGGGGGUGCUGCACAACUAUCUCAGCAAUUGAGUCGUCUUAUUGAUGCAGUGGAGAAGAAAAGUACAGUGCCAUCCAAGAUGAUUGAUAAACCUGGAUGUAGUAUCGAUGAGGUGAUGGACGUAGUGCAUAUGAUGCCUGAGAUGGUAGCACAACCUGAACUGCUUUUGAUUGCUGCUGAGGUGCUCCUUAAAAGAGAACAUCGAGAGAUGUUUAUGGCUCUCCGAGAUACCAAUCUUCGAAUUGAAUGGCUCAAGCGAAUGUCAAACUUACAUAAAUAG